AUGCAGAGUGCCAUUGAACGAUAUCUAAAGGAGAAGAACUAUCCAUUGAGCAUCGUGCGAUCGAGAGAGUUUCACCACUCACAAGAAAUCCUCAAUGCGAAAGCAAUUUCCCUGCGUCAACAAGGAAAGGGAAAGAGACCCAACAAAGCUCAGCUAAUCACACCUGAAGAAGAGUCAGCCCUGUGGGAAAAAGGUAAGUUGGGUGAUUUUAAUGGAAAGUUCUUGACCAAUGUCAACUUCAAAAAUUUGACAGAACAACUGGGAUUUCGUGGUCGCCAAGAACACUACGAUGCAUACGUGGAAGACGUAAUUAUAAGACGGCGAGAAGAUGGAACUGAAGUUGUUGAGUUCAGGGAAGGUCCCACUAAAACGCGGAGCGGUGGUCUCUGA